AUGAAACGACCAUCAUGGAAUACGAGUUCUUAUGAAAAUACAUUAUGGCUUUAUGAUAUAAAAAACCAAACAAAAACAUUAAUUACAACAAAUCUUCAUACAUCAAUCAAACCACAAUGGUCACCAAGCGGUAACUACAUUGCAUUAUUACCAAAAAAUAAUUCAUUAAUCAAUAAGACCGAUGAAGAUCAAAAUAAGCAACAACUAGAACAAUAUAUUUAUUUAUAUUCUCUAAUAUCAGAUGAACUGUUGUCUAUUCAAAUUGGAAAAGAUACGCUUUCGGCUUUUACAUGGUCUAAUAAUGAUUCAUCAUUUUAUUUCGCUGGCAUCAAUAUGGGAUUAACAAAUAAAGAAAAUGAUUCAUAUAAAGAUGAAUGGAAAGAUGUUGUUCAAUACCGAGAAAGUAUGAUACGUAGUAGUACAAUUUAUCGUAUUGAUCUCAAUAGUAGUAACUACUCAUUACCUGUAGAAAGAAACAUCAUUCGAAAUGUAUCUUUUCUCAUUGAUCAGUUAUUAUAUGUUCCAUUUGAUGAAAAGAUCGUAUUUUCAUCCGCGUCUACACCUGUUGAAAAUUUAAGUGAUUUUGAAUUAUAUUCUAUUGAUCUUCGAAAUACAUCCUCAUUGUUAAAAUUGACUGAUAACGAAGCAUUCGAAUUCGAAUUACAAUUAUCGAUCGACGGCCGGCAUCUAUUAUUCCAAAGCUUCAAUGUUAAUUCGAAAAAAGGGACAUUCACCAAUGCACAAAAUGGUCUUUAUUCGUUAAACUUAAUCAACGGACAAAUAACACGUUUAGCAGAAAAAUUUUCUGGUAGUAUCAUUAGAUAUACAGUAAAGCCUGAUUCUGGUGUUUAUAUACUUGGACAAUUAGGAACAGAAGUACAUGUUUAUACACAGCAAUCACCAACGGAAGAAUUAAUUCAUCAUAAUGGAUGGAAUGGAACAUACGAAUCGAUUGUAUCAUCACAUAAUAAUGGAUUAAUUGCAUUUGUAUAUUCAUCAUCAGGAAAACCAAUGGAAGUGUAUUUAAUUGACAAUAUUAAUCAAUUAAAAUCAGCACAAGCAAUAACCGAUGAAAAUAACUUAUUUACUCGAAGGAGUUUACCGCAAAUAAAAGUAUACAGUUGGAUAAAUGACAAUGAUCAUCGAGUGAUUGAAGGAAUACUUCAUUAUCCACCUGAAAAGUUUGAAUCUAAAAACCUACCUCUUUUAGUUCUUAUUCAUGGUGGCCCAUAUUGGGCUUGCCUAAAUAUGCUUCACCUAGUUUGGUAUCAGUGGGCUCCUUUGGCAGCUUCCGAAGGCUGGCUAGUGUUAGAACCUAACUAUCGAGGAUCAACAGGUUAUGGUGAUGAAUUUUUGAAUGAAAUUCAAUACACACCUUUAUCUCGACCAGGAAAAGAUAUUCUUUGUGGAGUUGACCAAUUGAUUAAAGAUGGAAUUGUUGAUCCGAAAAGACUUGCAGUUGGUGGUUAUAGUUAUGGUGGUUUUUUAACGAAUUGGUUAGUUACACAGACUAAACGUUUUAAUGCUGCUCUUUCUGGUGCUGGUGUUGUUGAUCAUACUUCAGCAUGGGGUAUGAUGGAUUUGCCAACAAUACUGAGCCAUUUGUUUGGAGGAUUUCCAUGGGAAGUACCACAUAUUUAUCAAAGUGAAGCACCUAUUUAUCAGUUAAAUAAAAUACGUACGCCCAUACACAUCAUUACUGGUGAAGAUGAUAUUCGAGUUCCUUCAAGUCAAAGUUAUAUUUUAGAACGAGGACUUCAUUAUCUUGGGAUACCAGUAAAAUUAAUUACCUUUCCAAAAGAGGGACACUCAAUGAAUAAGAAUCCUUGGCAUGGAAAAAUAAUUGUUCGAGAAGAGCUUAAAUGGUUACAAAAAUAUGGUAAUCAAUCAAUGACCUAUAAUGAGUCAUCAAGUAACAGUGAGAAAUCGAAAUUAACUUAUGCCUUACACUUCUAUAUGCUUUUGUUCUCGAUUGUAAUAAUAAAGAACUAA